AUGGCUUCGCCUUACAGCGUGCGUAAGGUCGCUGCUCCCAACACGCUGGAGCACCGCGUCUACAUCGAGAAGGAUGGCAUCCCACUGUCUCCCUUCCACGACAUUCCUCUCUAUGCCAACCAGGAGCAGACCAUCCUGAACAUGAUCGUCGAGAUCCCUAGAUGGAGCAACGCAAAGCUCGAGAUCUCCAAGGACGAGCUCUUGAAUCCUAUUAAACAGGAUGUCAAGAAGGGAAAGCUACGCUAUGUCCGAAACUGCUUCCCUCAUAAGGGUUAUCUUUGGAACUACGGAGCCUUUCCUCAGACUUGGGAAGACCCCAACUCCAUCCACCCCGAGACCAAGGCCAAGGGAGAUAAUGACCCCCUCGACGUCUGCGAGAUCGGGGAGCUUGUCGGCUACCCCGGCCAGAUCAAGCAGGUCAAAGUCCUGGGGGUGAUGGCCCUUCUCGACGAAGAGGAGACUGACUGGAAAGUCAUCGUCGUUGACGUGAACGACCCCUUGGCCCCCAAGCUGAACGACGUCGAGGAUGUCGAGCGCCAUCUCCCCGGCCUCCUCCGCGCCACCAAUGAAUGGUUCCGCAUUUACAAGAUCCCAGACGGAAAGCCCGAGAACCAAUUCGCCUUCACCGGCGAGUGCAAAAAUAAAACCUACGCCGUGGACGUUAUUCGCGAAUGCGCCGAAGCGUGGGAGAGGUUGAUCACCGGCAAGACCUUGCCUGGUGGGAUUUCCACGACCAACUUGACCGUUGCUCACUCGCCGAGUCGCGUUAACCCCGACCAAUUGCCUCCUCUGCCCCCCAAUGAGGAUCUUCCUCCGGAGAAGAUUGACAGCUCUAUUGACAAGUGGUUCUUUAUCAGCGGCGCCGCCGCAUGA